UUGACAUUAAAAGCCAGCAGACUUGACAGCGACAGCUUUACAUGUAACUAUGGAUGACUUGUUAUAAAUAGGAUUAACGAGAUCGCAUGUAGCCAACUGUUAAAUUUAAGUUAUUGUGUGUUCUAUAACGACCUCAAUAAAGUAGAAGUAAUUCACUGUGAAAUCGGUUAACCGAGAUUUCUCCUCCCAACAGUCAAAUCAGAUUAGCCACUCCUCCGUUAGCAUACGGAUACUGACAAUGAUUGUUAACGGUUAGCAUUUAGCCAACGGUUAGUGUUUACGCGAUUUCGAAAGAUGGCUGAAGACUUGAAAGGUUUCGCGCUGGAGAAAGCCGAGCUGCUUUCCACCCGUCUGAAGGAGGCCCUUUCCCUGGGUAACGAAUAUGUUCGGGCCCAGUUCGGAAUAGAUUUGAAUCUGAAGCCUGAGCUGUACCCGACGUGGGUUAUCCUGUCCACGGCUGCUGUGGGUGCCCUGCUGUUGCUCUGUCUGUCCUGGGCCGCUGUCUGUGGCGGUCUGCUCUUCGGGAAAAAGCGGGGAUCCCCGAUCACCCAAGGCAGCGCUGAACCUGACAAGGCCAGCGUGGUGAAAACUGUCAAACCGGAGGAGCAGAAGAAGAGAAACAAAAAGAAAACUCUUGAAAAGAAGACUCAGUCCAAUGGCCAACCAGUGACUGGAGCUCAGGAGGAAAUUAAAGUGGUAGAGGCCAUUUCCAAGGUAGUCCCUUCAAACAAAACUGAGAAGGCACAUGAAGUCUUGGCCCCAGCUCAAGUGAAAAAGAACAAAAAGAAAGCAAAAGCAGAUGUGAAACCAGUCCAGCAGGUGUCUACAAGUGAUGGAAAAGAGCCUGAUGAUGGUGCAUGGGAAACCAAAGUCAGUAACCGAGAAAAGAAGCAGCAGCGAAGAAAGGACAAGGGCCCUGAGGACUCUGGCAGCCCUGGAGGCAGGGAUGCCCCAAAGAGUAACGUGGAGGCUCCUGUGGCAACUGUACCUGCAAACACCAAAAAGAACAAAGGCAACAAUGAGUCACUGCAGUCAAGAACCACUGGGAAGGGAGAUGCACCCAGUGGAGCAGUGUCUUCAACCUGGAGAGAGGAGCCUUCAGUCAAUGGCGGAGGUUGGUCUGACAUUUCUUUGAUCCCAGGUCAAAUGGGUGCAAUGGAGGGAAGCAAGUGGAGCGCCAUCCCAGCAGCUACACACUUCACAGCCCCUCCUAAGCAUCAGUCCUGGGCUCAGGAGACACAAGCAGCAUGGGGUGGCAUUGAUGGUCGUAUGAAGACUGACCUCAACCCUGUGACCUUCUCCAUGCUGGGGAGAAACCCCACAGAUCAAAUAUCAAAUUCAAUUGAGCUUCAGUGGGCAAGCAGCCCUGAGGUGGAUGAUGAAUGGUCUGGAAUAAAUGGGACUACAACAAUGGACCCCAGCUCUGACUGGAACGCCCCCGUGGAGCACUGGGGUAACUACGAGGAGCCUCCUGUUUUGCUGACACCAGCAGCUCCACCAAAGGAGCAGCCUGUCGCUCACAAGGUGUCAGAGGAUGAAAAGGACGCUGAGGAUCCCUCUGAUGGGGCGGCCAAGUCAAAGAAGAAGAGAAAAAAGAAGAAGAAAGCAGAUGAGGAGGCUGCAGCUGAGGUUCAAACGUUGAGCACAGCACCCCAGGUUGACACAGUGACGAAACCCCAAGAGCUUCCUGUGCUAUCCUCAAAAAAGCAGAAUACAAGCAUAUCCUCCUCUCAGAAGAAGUCUGAGCAGACUGUGGAGCCCCCGAAGCCCACCCAGAAGAAAAAGGCCCGAAGGGAAACAUGAAGUCUCAUCACAGGUCCACACAAAGCAUAUGCAAAUGAUUGUUAAAUGUGUCACAUGCAAUAAUUACCAGGUACAGAGCUGCUUUCAGAGAUACAGCAACGGUUUAUCAGUCAACGAAACAAAGAGAAAACAAGCAGUGGAGAACAUCUGCUUGGCUUAACAAAGUGAUGAAAUGUGGUCCUAUGGACUGAAAUCUUAACUAAUUUGCACUAUUUGCUACACUGCAGCCAGGGUGGGGCUUACGGGGAGGUGGUGGCAGUGGAGGUACAUGUUCAUGUAAUAAAUAUUUUUUUUGGUAUCACAAGUGUUUUUUUCCCACCAAUUGUUUAAAUUAUGGUAUUUUACAUUAACUGUGGUUAACUUAAAAGACAUCACAGGGUUUUUUUUUGUUUUCUCCUCUAUGAAAAUGUACACCACAAGAAAACAGACAUUUUAAAUCACCAGGAUAUUGUGCUUUUCAGCAUGUUGAUGCCCCAUUAUCAACAACUAAGUGAGUCAAAGUUUGCUAUAUUUUAUGGCUGUGUCAGAUCAGGAUUGGCUCUGAUAUUCCUUUUGAGUAUCGUAGUACAUGCCCAUAUGAAUACUGAAAGCCUUGAAGUCUUUGAAAAUCUGGCUUUGAAAAUAGUCUGUGCAUUUAUGAUAUCAAAGCUAAGAGCUCUUUACACAUUCAUAAAACUCUGAAAACUCUCAUAUAAAAACUCUUAUAAAGCUGAAGACCAUUUCUUCAAAUGUCAAGACGCAUCAAAUUUUGAUUAACACCUACUUGGCUCCACACAAACCAAUGAAAUAUUGACCACUGGCAAAGUGCUGAAUGUUUACAGAUUGUCUGAGUCACAUGAGAAAGAGGCAUUGGCCCUUUGUUUAAAAUAAUUGCAUUCAGUUGGACAAUAAGUGAUUAAUUACAAAGUGCUUUGCUGUUUAUGUUAUAGUUAGCAGCUAAAAUACACUGUAACUUUAGCGAAGAUGUCCCUAUAUGCUCUGAACGUGUCAAAAUAAGGUGUCAACAGUCAGCAAAUUCCACUAACACUCAACACCAGUGGUCAGUAGCCAUCCUUGGACAUUGCUAAUGCUGGCUAUAAAUAGCUGAAAGUUGCAGUGUGACUUUUCUUAUGACUGGCUUGUGGAUCUAUUGCGUAAAUUUUAUAGUAAAUGUCUAGGUUUCAGCACGCCUGGUUCAAAUCCAAUGAGGAAAUUACAAAAAUGUAGAAGACAGAGUUUCAGAUUUUGAUCAGAAGUAAUUUGAAAAUACUUGAGAUGCAAAGUAUCAAAAUAAAAUAAAUUUUACAGUCUGCAGUUUGGGGAUUCUAGUUGCUUCUAUGACUGCUUUAGUCAUUACUGUGCAAUGUGAUGUACAAAAAAAUCUGAAAUUCAGCUCUAGCUAAUAUAAGGGUCAAGCUAAGUCAGUGUUAGUCAAAUCAAUCCCCAUUCUCCAAAGUUGUUUGUGUCCUUAGUCAUGUGUGAUCCUCCUAAGUUAUUUACAGUUUUGUUGCCAGAACAAAGCCUUUACAGUAACCAGAUAUAAAAUGGCAAGAACAGAGAAAGGCUUUUGCUAUGGCCAUAACUGAUUGCUGAAGCCUUAUUAAAGCUCUUGUUAGGAACUUUGGGUUUGUGUUGAUUUAAAGACUCCCAUGGACAAGCAUUACCCCUUGUCUCUUUGCUUAUCUCGUUUUGUACAUAGCGAAUAAAGACAAAUCUCAUUUUGUGGUCACUUAACAGUCAAACAUAUCACCUAUUGGGAAUCUUUGCCAUAGAAAAUCUAAACAAGGCUGAUGCGGCAGGUUGCAGUAAAUUUGGAUGUGCGUAACCACCUGGCAGCAUUAUAGGCAAUGAAAAUAACUAUAGUAAGAGUCUGUUGUUGCACAGAUGGCCUGGGUUGCUUUUGGAGGCCAUAAAGAGGAAUUAACAUGAAUUUAGUCUGCUUCUUAACCUCUCGCAGUAAUGGUGACAUAAUUGGAUUUUCUGCACUUUUCAACUGAAUCACUGCAUAAUUAAUAUGGCAAAAAUAAACAGAAACUGUGACCUCAACUCUACCAGAAUAUAAAUUAUAUAUGAAAUUCUGCUGAUCUUCUACCCUUUAAAAUGUUUUUUGAAUCAUUUUUUGAGUGCAAAAACUUAGCACCUGUCAGCUAUAGAGUUGAUCAAAGAUGAAGAAUGGCAGCUAGUGUCUUGCUGACUUACAAGUCCUAGAUUUGAUCAAAAGUAGAGAUUCUCUAUCUCACGCCUGCAGUCUAAUCCACCACUCCAUCACUUAUCUGAUGAUGGUAUGUGUAAGAGAGUUAUAAUUUUGAUCAAAUAUGGUUAAAUACACUGCAAACCAAGCCUCAGAGCUGCCUGGAGAGGCUUAAAGACACUGAUGUGGUGUAUUUAAGAAAUUUGUACAAAAUUUUGAAGACACUUUGGACACAGAUUCACCAGGGUUAGAUCAGGUGGUCUAAAAACAGUCUAUAAAUUGGGAAUGUGGCCAUUGUGAACUGAUUCUGGCUUUACUUUGGGGCUGUUGGUAACUGUUAGGUAGAGAACACAGUAACUAGUGUGAACCACCAGGUGGCACUGUAAUGUGAAGGUAAGAUGUAGUGGGUUUAAUCCCAUAAAGCAGUAGCACUGAUAACAAUUGUCUCUCUACUUUUAUCAGUCUGAGUGUGUCUGUUUUUAUCUGACUGAACUGUGCGUUGAUUUUCUAGAGAAUUAUCUGUCCUUUUUGCACUCUUAUGAUUUUUUUUUCUUCCAGUUUCUGUGCUAGAAAAAGCCAUGCCAUAUGUACAGAUUGUAAGGGCUUUUUCCAGUUCUGUGAUUGCACUGUGCAAAAGGCAGCAAUGAGUUCCUUUUGAUGUCAACGAAUUGUUUUUUGUACUACCUUUUUUUGGAAUGUGAAAUGUGUUACUUCCAGGAAUUAAGAUUUUAGGGUGGGUCGGGGCUUAAGAAUGAAUACAUAGAAAUAUGAUAAGGAGCAGCUUUAAUUUUACAUCAAAGUUGGUUUAAAACAAAACUCACACAAUGACACAUAUUUAACAUAUAUUAAAAGGAAUCUAAUUCCAUUGCCUUAACCCGUAGUUGUAUAGAAAGUGCAUUGGCAUCCUUUUUUAUAGUUCCCAUCCAGUUGCAAGUUUUGAUGUCAGAAGGUAAUUUCAUCUUGCAUGUCUUUGAUAAUAGUACUUGUGUACAUGAAAUUAAAUGAACAAUCUCUUUGCUUUAACUGUUAGUACUUGUUCCUGGAGUACAACUCUGUGUAUAUACUGUACUAGCUUUUUUAAUGAGACAAAUUGCAGCUCUUUCUGUGGGCCUCAAAUUUAGUGGACAUUAACAGGAUUGUGUUUUAUAGGCAAAGAAAAAGAUUAGUAGAGAAUAAAGAUGUUGAUCAGAUGAUCAGAUUGAUACAUAGUGUGUGGUAGACCUGAUAGAACAAAAUGAUAUGUUGCUGUGGCUUCAGGCGCCCUUUUUUGUUUAAUUUUUACUGAUGAUUAAGGUCAAUCAAUGUAUUUAUAAACUUGUCUCUAGGAAGCAGUUAUGUGAAUGAUUUUGUUUAUUGAGAAGAUACAAAUAAAAUUUCUAUGUUUGUUUGGUAAAAAUGAAAAAUAAAUAAGAAUUGCUUGAUA